AUGGCUACUCUACACGCUGUCCCAGAAACCCAAAAGGGUGUUAUCUUCUACGAAAACAACGGUAAGUUGGAAUACAAGGACAUCCCAGUCCCAAAGCCAAAGGCUAACGAGAUCUUGAUCAACGUCAAGUACUCUGGUGUCUGUCACACUGACUUGCACGCUUGGCACGGUGACUGGCCAUUGGCUACCAAGUUGCCAUUGGUCGGUGGUCACGAAGGUGCCGGUGUCGUUGUCGGCAUGGGUGAAAACGUCAAGGGCUGGAAGAUCGGUGACUACGCUGGUAUCAAGUGGUUGAACGGUUCCUGUAUGGCCUGUGAAUACUGUGAAAAGUCCAACGAAUCCAACUGUCCAGAAGCUGACUUGUCUGGUUACACCCACGACGGUUCUUUCCAACAAUACGCUACUGCUGACUACGUCCAAGCUGCUAGAAUCCCACAAGGUACCGACUUGGCUCAAGUCGCUCCAAUCUUGUGUGCCGGUAUCACCGUCUACAAGGCUUUGAAGUCCGCUAACUUGAACGCCGGUGAAUGGGUUGCCAUCUCCGGUGCUGCUGGUGGUCUAGGUUCUCUAGCUGUCCAAUACGCCAAGGCUAUGGGUUACAGAAUCUUGGGUAUCGACGGUGGUGACGAAAAGAAGGCUUUGUUCCACGAAUUGGGUGGUGAAAUCUUCGUCGACUUCACCAAGUCCAAGAACGUCGAACAAGACAUCUUGGUUGCUACCAACGGUGGUGCUCACGGUGUUAUCAACGUCUCCGUCUCUGAAGCUGCUAUCGAAUCCUCCACCAGAUACGUUAGAUCCAACGGUACCGUCGUCUUGGUCGGUUUGCCAGCUAACGCUAAGUGUUCCUCUGACGUCUUCAACCACGUCGUCAAGUCCAUCUCCAUCGUCGGUUCUUACGUCGGUAACAGAGCUGACACCAGAGAAGCUUUGGACUUCUUCUCCAGAGGUUUGGUCAAGUCUCCAAUCAAGAUCGCUGGUCUAUCUGAAUUGCCAGAAAUCUACGAAAAGAUGGAAAAGGGUCAAAUCGUCGGUAGAUACGUUGUUGACACUUCCAAAUAA